AUUCACGAAAAUCCUCGAAAACUCUGGGCUCUGCCUCUCCUCUCCUAUAAAUAUGAACCUCCUUCAGCUGCUUCAUCAUCAUCGACAAGAAUUGAUCGAAUCUCACGGUACAAUCAGAUCUCUGUUUAACUUUAUAAGAUCUCAAAAUAGUUAACAUCAUCGUCACCGUCAGUUCUCCUGAAAAUGUCGCUGAUUCCAAGCGUCUUCGGUGGCCGAAGAAGCAACGUUUUCGUCCCAUUUUCACUUGACAUUUGGGAUCCCUUCGAAGGCUUUCCUUUCUCGAACACCAGUCUGGCGAACGUCCCAGAUACAGCAAGGGAUACAUCUGCAUUUGCAACCGCCCGCAUCGACUGGAAAGAGACUCCCGAAGCCCAUGUCUUCAAAGCCGACCUUCCGGGGCUGAAGAAGGAGGAAGUGAAGGUGGAGGUUGAGGAAGGCCAGGUCCUGCAGAUUAGCGGAGAGAGGAGCCGGGAGCAAGAGGAGAAGAACGACAAGUGGCAUAGGGUGGAGAGGAGCAGCGGCAGGUUCCUGCGCAGGUUCAGGCUGCCGGAGAACGCCAAGGUGGAUCAGGUGAAGGCCAGCAUGGAGAAUGGGGUGCUCACCGUCACCGUGCCGAAAGAGGAAGUGAAGAAGGCUGAUGUUAAGGCCAUUGAGAUCUCCGGCUAAAUGCUUUGGGUUGCUAAGCUAAGCUCUGUGGAAACUGAAUGUGAAACAAGAAUAAAAGAGAGUGAGGUGUAGCGUGCAAAGUGGUUGUGAGAUGUCUCCGUUUGUAUGAAUUUGUUUGUUUGCUGUGUGGAUGAUGAUGAAUUUUGUGUAAAGGGCUUUGUAUUUCUUGAAAUAAAAAGUUAUCGGUAGAUACCUGUUUCUCAC